CGCCGGCACGCCCACCCACCUCUCCUCUGUAGGCCGCCCCGCCUUUCCGUUUCCGGAGUCCCCUGCCGUGUUCCUCCUCCACCACCAAGAACUGAGAAUUGUCCGCCCCAUUCCUUCCCGUGAUUCACUGCUCCGCCGCUGCAUUGCUGUUCUAGAGGAUUGCGCCAGUGAAGCCACGUUGCGCAUCCGGCUCGCCGCUCACCUGCCCAGUCGGAGCCCGGCUAAUUUCGUUCGCUCCGCAGAACUCCAUCCGCUCGCAGGCUCUCUCCAUCUCCGUCCGCGCCGAACACGCCGCGCCAUUUAGAUCCGGACAUCCUCCCACUGCAAUCGCGCCUCGCCUCUGUUCCCCGUAGGCAUCCUCGUUGUGCUCGUUCCGGGCCCCUUCGCCGCCGCCGCCGUGGAGUGCAGAUCCGUCAGGACUUGUGGCGGAUCCAUUCAUUUUGUGGCGCUGCAAAUUGCAUUGUAAAGCCAUUCUAAGGAAUGCAGAAAGAUGUAUUUGCAUGCUAAAGAUUUCUGUUGUGAAGAGGAGGGCAUUUCUCCAACUCAUUUAAAAUCACUGGUUCUUCAUGAGCAAGGAUUUGAAGUGCACAUUAGGUGCAUAUCAGAAAGUAACUGCAAUGCCACUAAUGUCAGAAAUAUCGCUAUGGUAGAUCGUAUAAUUUCUGAAGACGGUUGAAGUUUUUUCUUUUACCAACUCGCUACAGUUAAUAUAAAGAUAAUAAGCAUCAUUUGCUAGAUUUGUUUAUGAUGGAAGCAGAGAAGAAUGGAAAUAUUUUGAUGCAAAAGUAUGAGAUUGGCAAAUUAUUGGGGCAGGGAACUUUUGCCAAGGUAUAUCAUGCUAGGAACAUAGUGACGUCACAAAGUGUUGCUAUCAAGGUGAUUGAUAAAGAUAAAAUUUUCAAAGUUGGCCUAAUGGAGCAGAUCAAAAGGGAGAUAUCAGUGAUGAAAUUGGUGAGGCACCCAAAUAUUGUACAACUUUAUGAGGUCAUGGCUACUAAAACAAAAAUAUAUUUUAUUCUUGAAUAUGUCAAGGGUGGUGAAUUAUUUAACAAAAUUGCUAAAGGUAAGUUACGAGAAGAUGCUGCAAGGAGGUAUUUCCAACAGUUGGUUAGUGCAGUUGACUUUUGCCACAGUAGGGGGGUGUAUCAUCGUGAUCUGAAGCCAGAAAACCUACUAGUUGAUGAGAAUGGGAACCUGAAAAUUUCAGAUUUUGGAUUGAGUGCACUUGCUGAGUCAAGGCGCCAAGAUGGUCUUCUACACACAACUUGCGGUACUCCAGCAUAUGUGGCACCUGAGGUCAUUAGCCGAAAAGGAUAUGAUGGUGCAAAGGUUGACACAUGGUCCUGUGGGGUGAUCCUAUUUGUUCUUAUGGCUGGUUAUCUACCAUUCCAAGAUUCAAAUUUGAUGGAGAUGUACAGAAAAAUUGGGAAAGCAGAUUUCAAGUGUCCACCUUGGUUUCCAUCAGAUGUACGAAAGCUAGUGUCGAGAAUUCUUGAUCCAAACCCUAGGACUAGAAUGCCAAUUACAAAAAUAGUGGAAUGCUUUUGGUUCAAAAAGGGCCUUGACAGCAAGCUAAUCCGAAAGAAUAUUGAGAUGAAGGGGAAAGUUUCAGCUCUAACUGAUGUUAAUGUGGUUUUCUCAUCCACAGGUAGCAGUAGCGAGAACAAUAAAGUGGUUGAUGAGAAACAUGGUUCAGCAAAAGUCACCAACCUUAAUGCUUUUGAUAUUAUUUCCCUUUCAGAAGGCUUCAAUCUUUCUGGCUUAUUUGAGGAGACUGAGAAUAGAAAAGAGGCAAGGUUCACAUCUAGCCAAUCAGCUUCAACUAUUAUAUCAAAACUAGAGGAUGUUGCCACAUGUUCAAAGCUUACUGUAAAGAAGAAAGAAGGUGGUGUGCUAAAAAUGGAAGGUGAAAGUGAAGGAAGGAAAGGUGUCUUGUCUAUUGAUGCAGAGAUCUUUGAAGUUACACCUUCAUUCCAUCUGGUAGAGAUAAAAAAGAACAAUGGGGAUACACUAGAAUACGAAAAUUUGUUUAAGCAGGACAUGAAACCAGCCCUCAAAGAUAUUGUUUGGGCAUGGCAAGGUGAACGUCAGGAUCAGCGAACUCAAGAUCAUAAGCAGCUAUAGAUUUGCCUUAAUAUUGAACUGGCUCCACAGUAUGACCCAUCAUUGGUUAACAUUCAAAUGUUGUAUCUUGUAACUUUUUUCGAUUCAUUUUAUCUUAUGGCCUUCUUGAGUUAUUGCUUCCCUGAAAUUGACAUGAACAUCUGAUUAGAUUGUGAACUUAUUAAGAAGCAUCAUGUUGUUAUGAUUUGUCUCUCAUUAA